AUGACAUCUGCGCAGUUUGUCUUCUAUCUGACGUGUUUGUUCUUGGGGGAAACAGCUCACACAAAUGACCUCAAAUUCUCCUUGUCUGUUCAUCAACAAAGACAUUUUGUAUCAACUAAUACUGGGGACGAUGUGACUCUGCGCUGUUUCUAUGAAGGUAACGAUGUGGCAAGGCUUUACUGGUAUAAGUUACAUUUGGGAAAGGAGUCAAAGCUUCUUUGUACUGUCAACACAGUGGACAAUCAAGCCAUGUUUCAUGAUGAAUUGAAGAGUGAUCCACGGUUCACUGUAAAUUUUGAAAAAGGAAAGAUUGACUUAAAGAUAAGUGAUCUGCAAAUUUUAGACUCCGCUACUUACUAUUGUGCAAGCAGCUAUGGGUACAGGUUUGCAUUUGCAGAAGGUACUGUCAUUGAUGUAAAAGGUUCAGGGUCGAACAUCCCAACUUUAGUGCAGCAGUCAGUAUCUGAGACCAUCCAACCAGGAGGCUCUGUGACUCUGAACUGUACAGUACACACUGGGACCUGUGAUGAAGAACACAGUGUUUACUGGUUCAGAGACUCUGAAGCGUCUUUCCCAAGAAUCAUUUACACCCAUGGAGGCAGGAAUGAUCAGUGUGAUAGGAAACCCAACACACAGACACACACCUGUGUCUACAACCUGCCAAUGCAGAGCCUGAAUACGACUCAUGCUGGGACCUACUACUGUGCUGUGGCCUCAUGUGGACACAUACUGUUUGGAAACGGGACCAAGCUGAAGUUAGAAGAUGAGGUGGGAUUUCUUUACUUGGUGCAUGUCCUGAAUGGAAUUGUUGCAUUCACUUGUGUCCUUAGUUUGUGUUUGAUGUCCACAUUGUUUGUAAUGACCAAAAAGAAAAGCAUCCACUUCACAGAGUCUCAUGGAAGCUUUUCAGAGGAUCACCAGAACAUUUUAGGGGAGAACAAAACAAACAGAUCAAGAAGACAGCGGGAUGAUACCUGGAGUGAAUGCAUCUACUUUACUGUAAAGCAGAAGAGCUGA